AUGACUGAAUUGGAGAAGAAGAUUCUGAAAGCUACUGAUCCAACAUUGACUGGGGACAACUGGCAGUAUAUUUUAGAUACUUGCGAUUGCAUUACGGCGAACCCAGAAACAAACACGAAGGAGGCAAUAAAGCUUAUCAAGACGAGACUUACCCUUAAAGAUGCAAAUGUCAUUUUACGUACUUUGACCUUGAUCAUUGCCGUGGCUGAAAAUUGUGGAUCUCGGAUGAAGCAGGAAAUUGCAUCGACAUCUUUUCUUCAGGAGUCACUAAUCAGGAAACUAGGGGACAGGAGAUUGCAUAGGCUGAUCAAGUUUCGAAUUGCUGAAGUUAUUCUGCAAUUAAACGACUCGUUUGAUUCUGAUCCUUCAUUAAAGCCUAUAAGGAACGCUUAUGAGACUAUAAAGGUGAAAUAUCCCCAGUAUUUAAGUACACCACCUGACAAACCCGAAAAGAAGACCCUUUCCCGCGAAGACCGAAAGAAUGAAGAGUUAGAAUUGGAAAGAGCACUCAAGCUUUCAGUUCAAGAAUAUGAAAGACAGAAGACUGAACGAAGAAUAACUGAAGAUCCUAAUUCAGGCACUGUAACUGAAGUACUGAAAGGCAACAACGAUAUUACUGGUCAUGCUACAAACGCGCCAACUAAUGACCAGGCGAGGGGGGUGAAUCAAGAUCUGCCUACCUCUACAAUUUCUAAUGUCAAGAAGGUUUGCGCAUUGUAUGAUUUGAUUUCAUAUGAGCCUGAUGAACUUUCCUUUAAAAAAGGCGACAUCAUUACUGUCAUUGAGUCUGUGUAUCGGGACUGGUGGAGGGGAAUGCUUCCAGACGGUAAAGUUGGUAUUUUUCCUUUGAACUAUGUAACUCCAGUGAUACCCAAAUCCGCAGAAGAAGAAGCAAGAGAGCUUGCAUUAGAAACGAGGCUCGUGAAUAUAGACUCCAAGAAGGUCGAAAAAUUGCUUGCUCUUUUGUCUGCGAAUCCUGAAUCUGUUAGUGAAGACGAAGUAACGGCUCUAUAUAAUGAGGUCAUUCCUUUGAAAACAACGUUGGCGUUGUUAAUUGAUAAGUACAGCAGUCGAAAAGACGAACUUGCUGCUUUGCAUGAUCAAGUAAAUGCAGAAACCAAGCUUUACGAUAGCUUCGUUGAUCAAAUUGUGAAUCUACGAGCAGCUCCUCAUGCUGUGGUAAACAGUUCAUACCCUGCUCAAUCUUCUGGUGGCAGAAACAAUGGCUCAUCGUUUAACUAUCUAGAACAACAGCCAACCAGUGCUGGAUUUGGGAAUUCUGAUUAUGCGCGAUUUCAGUACGCUCAACCUCUGGGAUCCUCUCCAAGUCAGGCACCUGUAACCACGUUUACUGGUGAAAGUCCGAGUACUGAAAACCAAGGAUUCCUGCAUCACUCUCACUUUCCGCCUGUGAAGAAUAUCCGCUAG